GUGUUAUUUUGAGUCUCUGUAUACUGACAGCGAUGUAAAUGAAACGAAGUAUAUAGACUGUUUUUUAUGGUUUGCACUGUGUUUUUUGGGAUUUCCUUCACGUAUAAUUUCACUUGCAAGUAGCCUUAUAGGCUUUGCUAUAUCUAUUAAUCCAUCUAUCUAGUUAUACUUUUCAACUCUUUGAUUAAUCUUCCACUUUUCAUAAGCUAGCAAUGAUGAAUGACUUAUAAUGUAUGAGGUGAAAUAUGAUACUUAGAUGAGGAAUAUAAGUUGAUUUUAAAGUGUUGAAUUUUAUUAAACGAUGUCUAAUAUAGCAGAUGAAAAGAGAAGCAGACGCCGAGGAUUGCUGAAGCAAUAUUAUGGCGUUAAAGAUGACAGCAAAGAAGGUUUUGAUCCAUACAAUAUUAAUGCUCCGGAAUUUAAUCCAGAUCUGUAUUUACAUAAGCUGUUAAAGGAAUGCAAUCUAAAUCAGUUAAUGCAGAAAGAACAUCAAAUAUAUAGACAGAUUCAGUCGCUGGAUAGUGAAAUGCAAACACUUGUUUAUGAGAACUACAAUAAAUUCAUAAGUGCCACUGAUACCAUUAGAAAGAUGAAGAAUGAUUUUAAAAAAAUGGAGGAAGAAAUGGAUUGUUUGUCUUCUAAUAUGUCAAUCAUCACAGAGUUUAGUGGAAAUAUUUCAAGUACACUGCAGGGUCGAAGGCAGGAAAUAUCUAAGCUGACUGGUGUGCAUACACUUUUAAAAAAGCUGCAGUUUCUGUUUGAAUUACCACCAUGUUUGAAAACAUGCAUACAAAAUGGAUCAUAUGGACAAGCUGUAAGGUAUUAUUUGAAAGCUCAGAGAGUUUUGCUACAGUAUGAGCAUAUGCCUUCCUUUCAUGGUAUUCAAGAAGACUGUGAUAUGUUAGUUAACCAAUUAAAACAGAAAUUAAGGGAACAAUUUAAAUCAAAAGAUGCAUCUCCUAAGCAAUUAGCUGAAUGCGUUGAUUUGCUUCUGCAACUUGAUGAACCAACUGAAGUAUUAUGUGAUGAGUUUUUGAAGUAUGCCAAAGAGAAACUAGAUGUAGAUUUAUCAGAUUUAGAACGUGAGAUAAAUCUCUGUGCCACUUCUGUUGAGGAAAGUGAGAAUGAUAAAUCCGGUGAAGAAGGCAAACAAUAUGUGGAUAUCCUUGAAUUCAUCGACUUCAGUUAUAACAACUUCCUCAGCAAUACAUCUUUGGUUAUUGCAUCGUAUUGGGACUUAUUUCUGCAACGCAACUCAACUAGUGAUGGUAACAUCAAAAAAGAAGAUAAUAUUAGUAUCCCUUUGAAGAAAUUGGAAUCAUUUGUAUUAGAAUUAAUGCUGCAGUAUUUUAAGUUUGUUGAAAUCAGAAUUUCACACGAGACCACCUGGAAUCUGGCAGGAAAUCUGGCAUCUGGCAGACCCUUUCCAAAAAGCAUCCACAAGCAUUCAUCCAUACAUUCAUAAAACAUUCACAAACAAAUCCAACUAUGAAAAUUUUCUUUGCAAAAUUAUUUUAUUCAAUCCUUACAGUGUUUUUUUUAAAUAACAUUAUUAAGUUAAAUAGGUUAUUAUUAAGUACAUAGGCUACUUCAAAUAGGUUUUCUUAAAGUGGUACUAAUAAAGAAGCCUUUUCAAUCUU